AUGCCACGAACCUCUACAACGACGCUUUUGGCGCUGUCUGUUGCGCUCCUAGCACUCUGCCACCUAUCGGUGGCACAGCAAGGAGCGCCACCCUUGACGACGAACAAUGCGCAAUCUGCGUGUGUCGAAUUCGGCUCCUGCUCCACCGCGGGUGGAAACGGCGUGGUGACGGCAACACAGAACGCGCCCGUCACUGCACCUGCAGGAACACCAGCACUGGCGACAUACACCACGCUCGACUCGGCUUUUAUCUCGUCAUUGGCAGCGGCAGGUGCAAGUGCAGCGUACACGGGGGGAGCCAGCAGAGCAAAUGCACUGACAAGCACGAGAACGGUGACUAACGGCGGCCCCGCCAACACCGCAAGCAGCGGAGGCAGAAUGGGCCUUGGCGGUCUUGCUAGUAGUGGUAACAGCAACGCCAGUCCAACUGCUACCCUAAAUUCGAACGGCGGACAUGUGAUGGGCAUUAGCAGUGCCGUGGUGCAGCUGACAGCGUUGAGCUGCGCUGUUGUGCUGGGUGCUGCUCUUCUGCUAUGA